AUGGAUGCCCAUUUUCAUUUAUUUUUAUUAAAAUUUCCUUUUUUAGAAAACACUCUUGAUCAUCAGCUGCCGCGUUCAGCAGGAACCCCACUUUCCGUAAAUUCCCAACAACAACAAACUGAAGCUGAACAUCCUGAAUAUAAAAGACUUUUAUCUGAAUUGUGUAAACACAAAAAAGAUGUAAAGCGUUUAUUAGAACGUUUAAAUAUUGAUAAACCUGGAGAGAUGAAGCUAAAAUCUUCUUUAACCAAUGUAAUUCAGGUGAUGGAAGGAACACGAAAAGGAGGACCGGUAACUCGAGAUUUAUUAAAGAAGCUUCUUGCAAACGUACAAACAGUCAAAGAACAAUACGAUAUUGCUCGACAUUUUUUGCUUGCAGCAAGAAAAUUGAAAGCAGCGCAAGCAACUGGACGUGAAAUGCCAAAAGAACCUUUAUUUUUGGAUCCUUGGAAAGAUGUCAGACAUUUACAGAUAAAAAUUCCUGAAGAAGUUUUGGCAAAAAAGAAGAAAAGUGAAGCGCCAAAGAAGAGAGGAAUUGAUGUUAAAAAAGAAGAUGUUGGUGAGGUUCCAGUAAAGCGUGGAUUGCUUGAAUCUAUGGCAGAAUCCUUUUCGACUCCUGAAAAACCUGCUGGAGAAAUUUAUAAAAUAAAAUGUAUUGAUGGAUCUGAAUUUGCGCUUAAUUCAAAGCUUUCUGCAGCUUUGGGAAUGGCUUUACAGCAAGGAUUUGUUUUUGAUUUUGAUUCGAAUCAUGUUCCAAUUUCAACCAAAUGUCCAGCUUUGUAUGUUAAAUUUUCUCGAAAGGAUGAUAAAAAGUUUCAAACUAUUUCUUCUUCAACAACACUUUUUCUACUUUUACCUACAAAUUAUCCAGAAUCUCAAAUUAAAAUUUUGACGAAAUCGGAAGGAUCAACUACAAUGGAAAUAUUUCUUGAAAAAUUGGAUUCAAACCUAGUCAAUACAAAUUCUUUGGAUAGUGUGCUUGCUGCUUGGAACAGUUGUUUUUAA